GUUUUAUAUCAACUUUUUGUUAAAAAUAUAUGACACAAUUGUCCCAAUUGUUUAUUUCCAACUCAGUCACAACCUUAAAAAAUAAAUUAAAAAUCAAAUCAAAUCAAUUCAUGUUUCUUUUGCUGCAAUCCAAGUAAUCUUUUUAUAAAUAGAUUUUCUUUAAUACUAUAAAUAUUUAACUAAUUAUUAAUAUCGAAAUUGAAAACAGAACCGGCACUAAUAAAAAAAGUAGCAUAAAAAUUAAAUAAGCUAUUGGAUUGAACAAGAAAUUGAAACUGAAGGAGACUUUAACUAAUUAAUUUGUAUAAGGGGAACAUAUAUCAAAAAUAAGUAAAAAAAUAUAUCGUAGUGUACAAUGCUUUAGAAUAUUUUCAAUGAGAUUACUGACUUUCUUUCGGGAAAAAAAGAAAAGAAAAGAAAAGAAAAAGCAGACAAGCUAAUACAAAUAAAUUCCCAAGUGAACCAAAAGAGUGCGAGAGAAAAGGAGAAAAAUAAAGAGCCAAAGUUCGAGUCUCCAAAACUCUCUUUUUUAACACUUUAUUUCCAAGUAUAAGAAAUUGUUGAUUGCUUUUAACAUAAGACACAGAGAUAAGAUGGGUUCUCUUAGUGCUGCUGGUCCUGUCUUCUCUGCAAAUCCAAGAGAACAGAACAGUUCGUCUUCCUUCUUUAUUGCAAGAACAAAACCCAUCAAGCAGAAGAUCCUAUCUCUAUUUCCAGUAGUAAGAUUAUUUGGGCCUGCGAGUUUCGAGUCAUCGAAGAAAACGGUGGUAUAUUUAGAGGUUAACCAAAAGCAUGAACAGAGAGAGCUGCAGCUGAGACCUUGUUCAGUGCGCGCACACAGACACAGUGAUUCUGAAAAUAAUGGCUAUUGGGCUCCUCUGUAUUGCUUCAUACUCAUUACAUUCAUUUUAUGUUGUCACUUCCGUUGAUUUUGUAUCCUUAAUUCUUCCACAAUUUCAAUUAAGAUAAAUCGCCAUCCUUACUUUAUGCUGUAUUAGUUUUCAUGCAGAGUAAAACAACCAUGCAGUUCUAAUAUAUAAUCUAUUUUAGGGUUCAUUAGGAGUUCUAAUAAGUAAAUCGUGAGCUCUAAGCUACAUGAAUGGUUGAUUGCUUUUCUUUUUCUUUUUCUUUUUCUGCUGUAACAAAGAUGAGGCUUCAAAUUGAAA